AGGACAGCUGAGUCCCUGCCCAUCUUCCGAAAACGUCUGACAUCAAUACUUUAUUAUAUAGCUACUUACUAUAAAUGUGAUAUGUGGUUGUCCAUAUCUAGCUGCCUUAAGAUUCAUACACUAACUGUAAAUCGCUCUGAAUAAGAACCCCUUAUAAAAUUAAUAACAUUUUAAUAAUUUCCCAUUUGAAAGAAUAUAGUGUUGCACAGGACUGUCUGAAAUGGUCUUUAGAGCGCGCUAUUGGAUAUCGACUAACGAGGAAGAAGGGUGACUACGUAAACAAACUAGUCUGUCAGACGGGUGGGUAGCAGAUGGUGUCAAUGGCUGCAUAAAAAACGACAUAUAUCUACACUCAAUAAUCUUUCUGAAAAGUCUUGUCUUUUUCCUGUUAUUCCCAGCCGUAUCCACGCUAGCUGUGAGGGAUGAGCCACCGGUCAGAACGUCGUGGGAUCCAUGUGGACCAGUCAGAGCUGCUGUGUACGAAGGGAUGUGGUUUCUAUGGCAAUGCGGCCUGGCAGGGCCUCUGCUCCAAGUGCUGGCGGGAGGAGUACCAACAAACCAGACACAAACAGAUCCAGGAGGAUCAUGCACUGGCAGAGAGGUUACAGAAGGAGGAGGAGGCAGUGUACGCUAACAACCACCAGGGGGCAGCCCAGCCCCAGCCUGCCAUCGCAACCUUCAGCAAGUUUGAAGAGAGGAAAACCAAGGAGAAGUCACGUAAAGUCAACACGAUGACUAAGUUUUUCACUCCCUCAGCAAAGACACCGCCCAAGAAAGAAUCCGUCCCUGGUGAGGCCCUGUCGACCCCCAGCCCCUCAGUGAGCCGCAAGCCCUUAGAGACGGACCGCACCACACGAGAGUUCAUCGACUUCCUCAAGACACUGAAACCUGGCAGGGAGAUCUUCAAACAGUGCAGAGCCUUCACAGAGAGCAUGGCCUACAAGAGGGACCUGGGUGCUGAUGAGCUGUCUGAGUGCGUUCAAGACUUCUACCAGAACCUUUCAGACCGCCUGCACACACACUUCAAAGGGUCGUCGGAGCGCGUAGAGAGUGUGAUGGACGAGGUAGAGAGGUACAUGAUGACACGUCUCUACGAGGAGGUCUUCUGUCCUGAGACCACAGACGAUGAGAAGAAAGACCUGGCCAUUCAAAAGAGAAUCAGGGCCUUGCAUUGGGUCACCAUUGAGAUGCUGUGUGUCCCUGUGGAUGAGGAGAUUCCAGAGGUGUCUGAUAAUGUGGUCAAAGCCAUCACAGACGUGAUCGAGAUGGACUCGAAGCGUGUGCCCAGGGACAAGCUGACCUGCAUCACACGCUGCAGUAAGCACAUCUUCAAUGCCAUCAAUACCACCAAGAAGGAGGCGGCAUCUGCUGAUGACUUCCUGCCCACCCUCAUCUACAUCGUCCUGAAGGCCAACCCUCCGCGACUGCAGUCCAACAUCCAGUACAUCACCCGCUUCUGUAACCCUAGCCGCCUCAUGAGCGGAGAAGACGGGUACUACUUUACCAACCUGUGCUGUGCGGUGGCCUUCAUAGAGAAGCUGGAUGGCCAGUCUCUGAACCUGAGCGUUGAGGAGUUUGAGCUCUACAUGUCAGGCCAGGCGUCUCCCCAGCGUCCCCAGGCUGKCACCUCCCCCGCCUGUAGUGCUGCUUUCAGCCAGAUGAACGAGAGUCUGGACCUACUGACGGGGCUGGGCGUGAGGCAGGAACGCGUCAUGGAGGGGGCUCGCCGCCUGGAGAGUGACCUCAUCGACUGGAGGGAUGGGGUAGAGCACAAAGUGCAGGAUGUGUUGGAGAGGUUCCCCCUGGAAAUGCACCCCGCUGCUUCCCCCACCGCCUCUUCUGCCAUAGAUGCUGACAACGUGGAAAACGACCACCUGCCUUCUCCUCUCCAACCCCAGUUGUUUGCUGGCUGACCCCCCCCCCCCCCCCCC